GUCAUUGCCAAUAUUACGCCUGCAGAAUACGCAGCAGUGGUAGCAUUUACGUCGGAAGAGCGAGAUUUCGAAGCCAGAGCAAAAUUCGUCUACUUUGCGGAUACUCAAGAUCUUCAUAUCAUGCCCCCACUUCCCGUCCACGAACAACCAGCUGCACACCUUGUGAAGGCCGUCAACAAGUUCACGGAAGCCAUCCCUUAUGACAAACUACUGAUCGACAUCACUAUGCACCUCAAUCACCAUAUCCAAAACAAGGACUCCAUGAACAUUCCAGACCUACACCUCACCGUCACAGCACAACCACCGGAGGAUAUGGAGUCAGAUGAGAUGGCGGUAGCAAAGCCGGUUUCCAAAUGGGUUGGAGAAUGUGGGCUUUCCUCAGAUAUGAACUGCAUGGUGCGCAAGCUGAGCAUCACAUGCGACGGUCAUCAAGACAUCGAUUACGCUAUUGUCAUAUCCUUCAAAGAGCGAGCCAAAUGGCAACAGCCUAAAGAAGACAACAUCACUGCCCAACAAAUUCGCUCGGCUCCUGCAUUGGAUUAUGAGGAGUUCAUCCCUCCCCGCAUCAAGAAAAGCUUGAGGUUUGGACCAGUGGAGCUCAAGUCUCAUAUCUGGAUCGAUAUCUCUGAGGUCCGCUACACCGUGUAUAAGCGUGGCACAGAUGGUCGCUUUGAUUUUAACAACAAGAAUGCUGCUACAUUCACAGAGGGGACCCUUUACCCUACGUUGCAGAUGGAUGACGUUGAAUGGAUGUUGAGUGACGCUGCUGAGAAUUUGAAGGCGUAUAUCAUAUCAUUGAUGGAGGGUAUGGCGCUUGAGGAGGCUGCAAUUCAGAGUGUGCGUGAUUCCCAUCCUGUUUCCGAGCCUGUUUGGAUGGCAGCUCUCAACUCUAUCUCUUCCACGAUAUACCUCACAGCUUACUGCCGCUACUUGGAUUGGCGCAACCAUAAAUACGACAAGCGAAAG